CUCCACCACUUCAUUUAUAAUUUUCUUUUUCCUUCUUCUCCCCUCCCUCUUAUAGAGAGAGAAAGAAUGGCUUAUAAGUCUAACUUCAGUGUAUACCCCCACCCCACCCCAUAACUUGUACAUCACAAUUCUUGAAGUUCGUACAGUAACUGAUGUAGGACAUCAAGUUAAACACUUGUGAUGACUAUAUAUUUUAUUGAGUUAGAUUAGAGUGUGAGGUGUAAUUAGUUUAUGGCAAUUGCAGGAGCCAUGAAUAAUCAAGAUGAGAGCAAGGAUGAACACGAACACGACAUGGUCAUGCCCGGUUUUCGCUUCCAUCCCACCGAAGAAGAACUAGUUGAAUUCUAUCUUCGCCGUAAGGUAGAGGGCAAGCGUUUCAAUGUUGAACUCAUCACUUUUCUAGACCUUUACCGCUAUGACCCAUGGGAACUUCCUGCCUUGGCAGCUAUAGGGGAGAAGGAAUGGUACUUUUAUGUUCCAAGAGAUAGAAAGUAUCGUAAUGGAGAUCGGCCUAAUCGUGUGACAACUUCUGGUUAUUGGAAGGCUACCGGGGCUGAUAGGAUGAUCCGAAGUGAAAAUCUUCGGUCUAUUGGACUGAAGAAAACCCUUGUUUUCUACUCCGGGAAAGCUCCAAAAGGAAUUCGUACUAGUUGGAUCAUGAAUGAAUACCGUCUGCCACACCAUGAAACUGAACGCCUGCAAAAGGCUGAGAUUUCUCUUUGCCGUGUCUACAAAAGAGCAGGAAUCGAAGACCAUCCUUCUCUUCCUCGAUCUCUUCCUACACGGGGUUCAUCGUCUAGAGGAACACAAUCGACACUCAAGAAACAACGAGAAAUGACAAAUCAUGCCAUGGAAAGGUUCCAAGCAUAUGGAGUAUCGUCCCAACAAACUGAUGAAAAGAUGAGCGAAACCAGUGCAAGCAGUAGCACAGCUGAUAUUGGGACCUCUCUUCCUCUUUCAAAGCACAACUCUUACAACGUCAAUCCAUUAGUCCCCAUGUCCACUUCAAUUCCUACUCCAAAUUCUAUGGAAUUAGACAAUAGAAUGAUGCAGUUACACGGAUCAAAGCAAACUUGUUCUUCUUCUUUAGCCCCCAACUGCAGCACUUUAUUAAUUGCCAGUUCCUCAUCCCAUAAUAAUGCAAUUGAUGAUCUCCAUAAACUAGUGAAUUACUCCCAACAAGCUUCAAUCAAUCGGGAACCGGAUCACCAGCAGUAUCCUAAUAACGUGCCUGAUCUUCUAUCCCAUUUCUCCACUUUGCAAUCGCAACAGCCACAGUCUCUUAACAUGAUCCCAGGCUCGUUUCAGGCCUCCUUGUCCGACAGAUUAUGGGAUUGGAAUGCUAUUCAAGAAGCCAACAAAGAGUACAACCCAUUCAAGUAAUCAAUGGAUUGCACAUGUAUAGGUAUCUUUAUAUUGUAUGUCCACUACUGCCAGUUUAUUGAGUCUCUCUCUAAUAUUCUGAAACUAUAUUUAUUGCAGAACCUAUGUUGUUAAGUAAUAAUUUUUACUUGUUAUGGUUUAGGAUUUAAUUGCAUUAUACCUUAAGGAAUUGUAAUAACUGUUAACGAUCUUUUAACUUCUGAAUUAGACCAUAAAGGGAUUCAGGAAAGGAUGUUUGGCUUUAGGGUUUCUUGCUAAUUAAUCGAAUGCGAAUCAUUUGUUUGCCC